UAUAAUUCCGUUUGAGUAGGUGGUUGAUUCCGUUUGAGUAGCUCGUUGAUUCCGUUUGAUUAGCUCGUUGAUUCCGGAAAGAGUAGCUCGUUGAUUCCGUUUGAGUAGUUCGUUGAUUCCGUUAGAGUAGCUCGUUAAUAUUUAGUUUUUGCUGAUGAUUAUAUGCUUUGUACUGGGGUUUUUGGUUGAAUUCAAACCGCUAACUAAUUUGUUUUUAAGCUCGUUCACUCUUCUUUUAACUUUCUUUUAUUAUAUCUCGUUGAAAUCGUUUUGUGAUGAUGAUUAUUGUUGUCUAGCUAUGUUCUUACUUAAUUUCUUUCAGGUUAUCGAAAAUGGGACAAGAUUACAGCUAUAGUCAGCCCUCUUCAUCAUCAGAGUCUCUAGACAUAACCUCCCUUCUUGAAGCCGAAUGUCAGAUUUACGCGGAUGAAGCUGACAGUAGCUACUGCAAUUCAUUGCCGGUUCAGUACCCACGUCAACCAGAGGCUGAUGAUGGAAUUCCCACGACAUGUUACUGUGGAGCUCAGCCUGUUCUCGGAUGCUCUUACACGUCUCAAAACCCAUACAGAAGAUACUUUACAUGCGACAAUUCUGAUGAUGGAGACUGCCACGUUUGGAAAUGGUGGGAAGUGGCAGUAAUGGAGGAGAUGAUGGAGUUUCAGAGACAACUUAGGGAUCUUAAGGUCCAAGGUUAUGAGAGUGAGCAGAAGGUCCUUCACCUUGAGAAGACGGUACAUGAGCUUUCCAAGAACAAAUCAGGAGUUAAGCUAACGGAAUCAUUGGAAAGGUUUCAAAGGAGAGUGUCGGUCCUCGGGAUUUUCUGUAAUAAGGUAUGA